AUGGCUCGAGAGGUUAACCUUAAACUGAACCGGUGGCUGAAGGCCGAGGAAGCCACUACGGUUGAGGAGGUAAAAGGAGUAAUGAUGAUGGAACAAUUUAUGAGCCAAAUGCCCCUCAGUGUAAAAUAUGAGCUCGUAUCACACAACGUGAAAGAUGUGAUAGAAGCCGGACGCAGAGCUGACAAGUACUGUGCGGUCCAUGGGCUGAACGGAGAUGAACACCAUGGAGGGAGAAAGCCAUUCUCCAACAAAAUCGAUGGUCAUCAGAGAUAUAAGAAUGACCGCCAGAUGAGCUCGACAUCAGUCCACAGAUCAAACCAGCCCCGCCCUAACAACUAUAGUUUUCCCUACACUUACACCAUGCCCCCGCCAGCCGACCACAACGUGAGGUCUACGCCCUAUAGGAGUAGGACCAUGAGCACUACCUAUUACCAGAAGGGUAGUGGUGAUGAAGGUGCAGUUAAGUGCCUUGGAUGUGGAAGUAGCGGGCAUAAGAAGUACCAGUGUCCGAAGGGACGGCCGAAGCCAGUGGGAGCAGUUGCCGCCCAAAGAGACCUGGUAAAGUAUGUGGAGAAUAUGAAUGCAGAGAUACAAGAGGAGCCGCAGAAAGAUGAGGGCUUUGAGCACUUCACCGGUAAGGGCACAGUGAAGGUGGAGGGAAGUCAAGAGAAGGUGAUCAGAAUCCUUCGGGAUACGGGAGCUAACCAGAGUCUGAUCUUAAGUAGUGUACUCCCAUGGAAUGAGGAGACCAGCACUGGCAGAGAGGUCUCAUGCAAGGGUGCAGGAGGCAAGUUCAGUAUUCCCCUGCACAAAGUUUGGCUGGACUGUGGAUACGUCACUGGAGAGGUGACGGUGGGAGUGAAGGAAACACUGCCCAUAGAUGGAGUGGAUAUGCUGGUCGGGAAUGACCUGGCUGGAGGUCGAGUUAUCCCUAAACUUCAGAUGGUAGACAACCCUCUGAUAGGGAUGACAGAAACCACCACUCCGGCAGAAGUCCCUCCCUCAACAGAUGGGGAGGCAGAGGUGCCUGAAUUGUUCCCAGUCUGCGCAGUGACUCGAGCGAUGGCCAGUAAGGAACGCAUGGACACCGAAGGAGCAACGCAGGAGGACGAAGGCCUGGGCGUUCUGUUUGAGGAACCUGAUGAAAAAGGAACUAACCCAGAGUGUGCGAGUGAUGAGCCGGUUGUAGGCCAGGUGGAGCCCAACCUUGAUUUUCUGGUGGAAAAGAGCGAGUUGAUAAAAGCUCAGGAGAGUGAUGAAAGCUUGAAGUCUAUUUGGAAUGAGGCUAAAAGGCUGGGUGAGCUUGACAAUGAGUACGUGGGUUACUAUGUGGAUAACGGAGUAUUAAUGAGAAGUUGGAGGCCCCUGACAGCCCCAACCUCUGAUCACUGGAUGGUGAAAAGGCGGAUUGUGGUGCCACGGGUGUAUAGGAAGAACAUUUUGGAGAUGGCACACGAAAGUAAUCUGGCAGGACACCUGGGGGUCAGAAAAACCUUAGGAAAAAUCCUGUGUCAUUUUUACUGGCCCAGAGUGAGAGGUGAUGUGGAAGAGUUUUGUAAAACUUGUGGUUUGUGUCAGAAGGUGGGCAAGCCGAACCAGGUGAUUCGCCCUGCCCGCCUUUACCCUAUACCUGUGGUCGACGAGCCUUUCAGUAAGGUGGUAAUAGACUGUGUAGGUCCUUUACCAAGGACCCGGAGGGGAAACCAGUAUUUGCUGACUAUUAUGUGUAUGUCAUUCAGGUUUCCUGAGGCCAUUCCCCUCAGGAGUAUAAACUCUAAAAACAUUGUGAGGGAACUGGUGAAAUUUUUCUCCUGGGUGGGAAUUUCUAAGGUGUUGCAGUCAGACCAGGGAAGUAAUUUCACUUCUCGCACGUUCAAGGAAAUCCUAAGGGGUCUAAAGAUUGAACAGAGACUGUCGAGUGCUUAUCAUCCUCAGUCUCAGGGUUGUGUAGAAAGAUUUCACCAAACUCUUAAAAACACUCUAAGGAUGUAUUGUGAGGAGAUAAGUGUUCAGUGGGAUGAGGCAUUGGCACUAGCCUCGUACGCGUUGAGGGACAGUGUGCAGGAGUCAACUGGUUUCAGCCCAUUUGAGUUAGUGUAUGGGAAUGUGGUGAACGGUCCUUUAAGGAUGGUGAAAGAAAAGUGGUUAGGAGCAGAGGAGCCUCCUACUGUGGUGAAGUAUGUAUCUGAUUUCAAGGACAGAUUGAUGAGAGCUAGGGAAAUUGCUCGGGAAAAUUUGAAAAAUAGUCAGAGUGAAAUGAAAGGCUGGUAUGACAAGAAGGCGAGGGCCAGAUCUUUCCAGCCUGGGGACAAAGUCUUGGUUCUUUUCCCAUUGCAGGGUGAUCCUUUCAAAGCCAGGUUCAGCGGGCCUUAG